AUAAGGAAGUCAUGGAGGAGAAUUGUGGGAUCGUGGCCUCUCUCAGUGGUGAUGAUUUGGAAAUUGAGAACGAGGACGCCCAUGACAGAAUCCACACAGAGGAGAAGCCAUUGCCACUCUUGGAGUGUGGAGAGAGCUUCAGUCACAGUUCCCAUUCGACUACACACCAAAGAAAUGCUAUUGGGAAGAAACCCUCUCAGUUCUCUGAAUGGGGAAAAAAUUAUGUUGGAAUGAAAGUCUAACUUCACAGGAAAUAAUUCCCACAGGGGAGGACCCACUGAAAUGCUUGGAAUGUGGAAAGAGCUUCAGUAAGAGUGCACAUCUCGUUUCGCAUCAAAUAAUUCAUACAGGCGAGAAACCCUAUCAGUGCUUAGAAUGUAGGAAAAGCUGUAAUACAAGCAAAACCUUCUGUAAACAUCAGAGAAUUCACAGGGGGGAGAAGCCAUUUGAAUGCCAAGAGUGUGGAAAGAGCUUCAGUCAGAGAACCCAUCUCACAGCCCAUCAAAUAAUUCAUACAGGUGAGAAACCCUAUCAGUGCUCAGAAUGUGGGCGGAGCUUCAAUCACAGGACGACUCUCACGGUCCAUCAAAGGAUUCACAGUGGUGAGAAACCCUAUCGGUGCUUGGAAUGUGGGAAGAGUUUCACUGUGAGCUCCCAUCUCACUUCCCACCAAAGAAUUCAUACUGGGGAGAAACCAUAUAAAUGUGUGAAUUGUGGAAAGGGCUUCACCCAAAAGGCAAGUCUCACUUCCCAUCAAAGAAUUCACAGUGGUGAAAAACCUUAUCAAUGCAUGGAAUGUGGGAAGAGAUUCUCCCAGAGAGCCAAUCUCAGUUCCCACCAAAGAAUUCACACAGGGGAAAAACCCUAUCAGUGCUUGGAAUGUGGAAAGAACUUCAGUCUCAGGGCCCAUCUCACUACCCAUCAAAGCAUUCAUACCAGGGAGAAACCCUAUCGAUGCUUGGAUUGUGGAAAGAGUUUCCUACAGAGAGCCGAUCUCACUUCUCACCAAAGAAUUCACACAGGGGAGAAACCAUAUCAGUGCUUGGAAUGUGGGAAGAGCUUCACUGUGAGCGCUGGUCUUACUUCCCACCAAAAAAUUCAUAUUGGGGAGAAACCCUAUCAAUGUGUGAAUUGUGGAAAGAGCUUCACCCAGAAGCAAAGUCUCACUUCCCACCAAAGAAUUCACAGUGGUGAGAAACCAUAUCAGUGCUCGGAAUGUGGAAAGAGUUUCUGCCAGAGAGCCAAUCUCACUUCUCACCAAAGAAUUCACACAGGUGAAAAACCCUAUCAGUGCUUGGAAUGUGGCAAGAGCUUCAGUCUGAAGAAAAGUCUCACUCAUCACCAAAGAAUUCACAGUGGUGAAAAACCCUAUCAGUGCUUGGAAUGUGGCAAGAGUUUCAGUCUGAAGAAAAGUCUCACUUCCCACCAAAGCAUUCAUACUGGGGAGAAACCCUAUCGAUGCUUAGAUUGUGGAAAGAGUUUCUGCCAGAGAGCCGAUCUCACUUCCCACCAAAGAAUUCACACAGGAGAGAAACCAUAUCAGUGCUUGGAAUGUGGGAAGAGUUUCCGCCAGAAAGUCAACCUCACUUCCCACCAAAGAAUUCACACAGGGGAGAAACCCUAUAAGUGCUUGGAAUGUGGGAAGAGCUUCAGUCAUAAGCAAAGUCUCCCUUCCCAUCAAAGAAUUCACAGUGGUGAGAAACCUUAUCAGUGCUUGGAAUGUGGAAAGGGCUUUGGUAAGAGGACCAAGCUCAUGGCUCACCAAAGAAUUCACAGUGGUGAGAAACCCUAUCAAUGCUUGGAUUGUGGAAAGAGUUUCAGCCAAAGGGCCAAUCUAACUUGCCAUGAAAGAAUUCACACAGGGGAGAAACCAUAUCACUGCUUGGAAUGUGGGAAGAGCUUCAGUCAUAAGCAAAGUCUCACUUCCCACCAAAGAAUUCACACAGGUGAAGCAAGCUUCACGGCUAACUACCAAAUGUCACAGGAAUGUGGGAAGAGCUUCAGUCAUAAGCAAAGUCUCACUUCCCACCAAAGAAUUCACACAGGGGAGAAACCUUAUCAGUGCUUGGAAUGUGGAAAGAGCUUUGGUAAGAGGACCAAGCUCAUGGCUCACCAAAGAAUUCACAGUGGUGAGAAACCCUAUCAAUGUGUGAAAUGUGGAAAGAGUUUCUGCCAGAAAGCCCAUCUCACAUCCCACCAAAGAAUUCACACUGGGGAGAAACCCUAUCAGUGCUUGGAAUGUGGGAAGAGCUUCAGUAAGAGGACUAACCUCAUGGCCCAUCAAAGAAUCCACACUGGGGAGAAACCCUAUCAGUGCUUGGAAUGUGGGAAGAGCUUCACCCGGAAGGACAACCUCACUUCCCACCAAAGAAUUCACACAGGGGAGAAACCCUAUCAGUGCUUGGAAUGUGGGAAGAGCUUCAGUAAGAGGACUAACCUUAUGGCCCAUCAAAGAAUCCACACUGGGGAGAAACCAUAUCAGUGCUUGGAAUGUGGAAAGAGCUUUGGUAAGAGGACCAAGCUCAUGGCUCACCAAAGAAUUCACAGUGGUGAGAAACCCUAUCAAUGUGUGAAAUGUGGAAAGAGUUUCUGCCAGAAAGCACAUCUCACUUCCCACCAAAGAAUUCACAGUGGUGAGAAACCAUAUCAGUGCUUGGAAUGUGGGAAGAGCUUCAGUAAGAGGACUAACCUCAUGGCCCAUCAAAGAAUCCACACUGGGGAGAAUAAUAGAAUUUUAGACCUGCAGGAGACUUCUGGGUCGUCUAGUCCACUGCAGGACUCUCAACUAAAGCAUCCAUGACAUAUUGCCUUCAAACAUCUCCUUACAAACCUCCAAGGAAGGAGAGUCCACAACCUUCCAAGGGCGUC